AUGGCAAGAAAGAGAGAAGGAUACAGGGGUGACAGUGAUUCCAACCCAAUUCAUAAGGCGGUAUGGCUCGUUUGUUGCGGUAUUGCUUCAGCUUAUGUAGCUUGUAUGGCCUACAGUAUUCUAUUUCCAAACUGGAGAGAAGCAGGACCAAUUACGUACAAUUACAUUCACAAAGCAAGCAAGCGUCAACACACUGUUGACGAGACAAAAUACGGUCUUUACCAAGUAGUUUACGACAACUAUAUGGCAAAACAAACUUGGUCUAGAAGAGUUAGCAAUGUCAAGGCCAAGGGUUAUAUGGCAAUACAAAAUUCAAGUCAAAAUCACAGGGGUGGAUACAAAAAUUUCUUUGUAAACGAGUGUCCUGCUGCUUGUAGGGAUGGUAUUUCGUCCAGAAUACGGGUAUACGAAAACUUACUCGGAUACAACAGCAUUUUUGUUUGGAUUAUUGCUGGCGCGCUUGGAUUCGGUAGCACGUUAUGGUGGAACAGAGUUACACACAAAACGUGGUUAACUGCUGUAAGAACACAAAUGAUGCCCUUCCCUUAUGUAGCUAGUUGUUACAGAGUCGCACUUAUCGCGAACCUUACGUUGGUUUGUUCAACCCUUGCAAUAUUCUUCAUUGACGUAAUAGCACAAUUUAUAAAAAACCAUAGGAUGAAGGCAAAUGCAAGAUACAUGAAUGGUGAUGGAAUGGAAUACGGUGGACAACCAUUGCCAUUUGGAAGACCAGAGGCUACGAAUAUGCAAGGUCCAAAAGUUGACCAUAAAGUUCCACUUUUAAUGCAACCUCAAAUGCCGGAAUCUGGAUUUAAUCCAGGGUCAUUAUUUAAUGGAUUAGGAUUUAAUAACAAUAUGAAGUUGAAUAAUAACAAUGAAAAAAACACUCCAUCUAUGUGGGCUAGAAACUUCCAGUUUUAA